GUCGGCAGGCACACCGUUGUUGUCAUUCCGUAAGAUUGUUGGUGCUCUUUGUGGGCGUCGUGCGUCCGUUCAUCUUCGGCGUUGUACUCGCGAAUCGCGAUGCGUGUCCACAAAUUAAUUGUUCGUGUGAAUAAUUUAUCGUAGUGACAUCAAAUUAUCCAUCGCAAUUUCACCUCUGCCUUGAUAACAAUCCUUAAGUUGCUUUUGUUUACCUCUCUUCUUAGAAAGGUGUAGUUGAGAAGAGUAUUUUUCCUAACUGUGUAUAAUAUCUUUACCUUGGCCGCAAUUAUUAAGGAUAAACGAGUUUUUUUUUAAUUCACUUUAUGAAUUGUUAAUAUAGGCAAGUUGGUAUUUAUUGUACAAUUUCAAGUUUUGACGACAAUCGCACUUAUUAAGAAAAAUCCAAUGUGUUAAAGAUGAAAUAUUUUAGACAUUAUAAUUGUAUAAGCAAUUUUGUCAAUCGUACGGGACCAGUAAAACUGCAUAGAAAAACAUGAUUUUCAGCUGUUCUUUCACAUGUAUUAUUAUUUUAAACAAUUUAGUUUUUUUACUUGUAUAAAUCAACAAAUUAAAUAGUAAAAUGUCUCCGGUGGAAAAAGAACAAACACUCACGUCGAGCUCGAUAGGAAGUUCGUUGAACAAAAUCCCACAUUCACAAUCUACUCCUGGUGUAUCAGGUUCAAAAACUCCACCGACGACGCCUCGUAGAGGCGGAAAAAUGCUCAAUGUACGCGUGCAAAUGCUUGACGACUCUGUUACUCUAUUUCAAGUGCAAAUUAAAGCUGAUGGGUCAGUAUUAUUUGAACAAGUGUGUAAACAGCUUAAUUUGUUAGAAGCCGACUAUUUUGGAUUGGAAUAUCAAGAAGGUUCUACUAAGCAUUGGCUCGAUUUAGAAAAGCCUUUAAAUAAACAAAUAGGACUUUCAUUAGUUGAACCCUUGAUGAGGUUUUGUGUGAAGUUCUACACACCUGAUCCUGCUCAACUCGAAGAGGAAUAUACUAGAUAUUUGUUUUGCCUUCAAGUGAAAAGAGACUUAGCACAGGGGCAUAUGCAAUGUAAUGACAAUACAGCUGCUCUUAUGGCUUCUUACAUUGUACAAGCUGAAUGUGGCGACUAUUCAGCUGAUGAUUAUCCAGACCACACUUAUUUGUCAUCCCACAAAUUUGUUCCUCAUCAAGAUAGAGAAAUGGAAAUUAGAAUUAUGGAAAAUCAUAAAAGACAUAUAGGACAAUCACCAGCAGAAGCAGAUUUAAAUUUACUUGAAACAGCUCGUAGAUGUGAAUUAUAUGGGGUGAAAAUGCAUUCAGCAAAGGAUCCAGAAGGUGUACCAUUAAAUCUUUCUGUAGCUCAUAUGGGUGUAUUAGUGUUUCAAAAUUAUACCAAAAUAAAUACAUUUUCAUGGGCAAAAAUUAGAAAAUUGAGUUUUAAACGUAAAAAGUUUUUAAUAAAGUUGCAUCCUGAAGGAUAUGGUUACUUCAAGGAUAUUGUAGAAUUUAUUUUUGAAACAAGAAAUGAUUGUAAAAGUUUUUGGAAAAAAUGUGUUGAAAAUCACGGAUUUUUUAGAUGUUUUACUGUUAAACGUUUACCUCGACAUAGAACUAAGGUGCUAAGCAGAGGAUCAUCAUUUAGGUAUAGUGGCAAAACACAAAAACAAAUGGUAGAGUUUGUAAGAGAAAAUUUUGUUAAGCGCCAAACAUUCCAAAGGUCUCAAUCAUUUCGACAUACUGGAAUGUCGCAUUCUACUAUAUCAAAUGUUGGUUCCAGUAUUUCAGCACAUCCUUUAUUGCCCCUCGCAAAUUCGGAAGCUACGAGCCUAGCGGGUUCUCUGAGUCCGAACGUAGUCCAUCUCCAAAGAUUAUCUGGGGAGGUAUUGAAUGCUCAAGCUGCACAUCCGACGACAGUGAUGACGACCACUUCGGACAUAACAUCCAUCACUUCGUCCCAGCAUUCGUACAGCGUCAACGAUCCAGGUGAUACACCUGAAGAAGUAGAUUCGCCAUUUAAAAAAAUGAAUGGCUCAACAUCUUGUAUUUCUUCAUCAAUUAUUAAAGAAAAUGGAUUAAUAACAGCUGCGUCUUCUACACCAAAAAAUCAUGUAUCUAAUGGGUCAGUAGGAAAUGUAUGUGAUGACCGUUAUGGAAAUAAUAAUAUUACUUCAAUAAUUUCUACAAAUCGCGAAGAAAAUUCUUUAAAUCAUGUAGCAAUCAAUACGGAGACAAAACGUAAAAGACCGACUGAUAGAGCAUAUUUUAUUACUAAAGAAAUUCUUAUGACUGAACGCACUUAUAGAAAAGAUUUAGAAGUUAUUAAUUUUUGGUUACGUGAUGAAAUGAGUAAGGAAGAUGAUGAAAUAGGACAUAUUGAAGCUGUGAAUAUGUUAUUAAAUUUAAUUGAUCCGAUUUAUGAUGCACACUCUUUGUUUUUAAAAGAUGUUGAAAUGAGGUUGAAUAAUUGGGAUCCACCAUGUAUUGCAGAUGUUUUGUUAGAACAUUUUAAAAAUUUAAAUUUGUAUGACCAUUAUUUGGAUGAACAUUUGACAGUACUUGAAAAAAUUGACCGUGCCUACCGUACCAAUAAGAAAUUUGAAAUAUUUUAUAAAGAUUUUGAAAUGGAGAAAGUGUGUUAUUUACCUCUCUCUGCAUUCAUUUUAAAACCUCUUCAAAGAUUACUACAUUAUUCUCAUCUUUUGGAAAAAUUAAUAAGGCAUUAUGGUCCUUCACAUUUUGAUUAUAACAAUUGCCUAGAAGCAAGGAAUAUGUUAUUAAAAGUCACUAAAAGAUUACCCAGUGCACUUAGGAAAUCUGAAAAUUUUGUACAGUUGUGUGAACUUGAAAGAGAUAUGGUUGGAAUUGAUACACUUCAUAUUCCUGAUCGAGAGUUUAUUAGACAAGGAUGCUUGACAAAAUUUUCGCAAAGAAAAGGUUACCAACAGCGCAUGUUUUUUCUGAUGUCUGAUAUGUUGUUUUAUACGGCAAGGGUUGGCCACAUGUUCCGCAUUCAUGGCCAGGUGCCUCUCAAUGAUCUGGUUGUUGAAGAAAGAACUGACAAUCCAACACAAUAUUCAUUUUCUAUUUAUUCAAACAAUAAGGUUAUCACUAUUGCGGCCAGUAGUCAAGAAGAAAAAGAUAAAUGGUUGGAGGAUAUUGCGUGUAGUGUACAGAAGUAUAAAGGAGAAUGUACUACUAAUAUUGAACCAUCAAAUAUUUACCUGAGUUUAAAAUCGUGUAAUUCAUCUGAUGAUAUGAUGAGUAAUAAUGGUGAUUGUAAUGGUGAUUUAUCUGAGAUAAACAAUAAAACACCAAAUACUGCACAAAGAAACAAUACAACUGUUCAUGUCUGCUGGCAUAGAAAUACAAGUAUUGGGAUGGCUGAUCACUUGAAGGCCAUCGAGAAUCAAUUAAGUGGAUUUUUGCUUCGUAAAUUUAAAAAUAGUAAUGGUUGGCAGAAGUUAUGGGUUGUUUUUACAAAUUUUUGUUUAUUUUUUUACAAAUCUUUUCAAGAUGAUUCUCCAUUAGCAAGCCUACCUUUAUUGGGAUACAGUAUAUCCAAACCAAAUGAAAAAGACUCUAUUCAAAAAGACUUUGUUUUUAAAUUACAAUUUAAAAGUCACAUAUAUUUUUUUAGAGCUGAAAGUGAAUAUACAUUUGGAAGAUGGAUGGAAGUUAUUGGAAGUGCAACCCAACAUUCAGGUCGUAUGAGACUGUUUAGUCGCAAAGAUAGUGAAAACAAUUACACUGAUUUAAUAGUCAAGUAAAAUUUGUAAUCAAAAUUUUUAAUUUGUGAGAUAAUAUUUUAGUAAAUUAA